CUGAAUUUCAAGGAAUUUCACACUUUAUCCUCUCCAGACUGCCUUGUAAGGAAAAAAUUUUUGAGAAAAAUUAUAGAGCUCAUUCUGUAUAUUUUUCUUCUUUUGUCAGAAAAUUUUCUACCAUUGAGUACAGAGCGAGAAGUAGAACAAUCUUUCCAUGGUACUCAUCUCUAUGCCAAAGGAUGUGUGAUGACAAAUAUGAUCCGCGACUUGGUUUCCGACUUCGAGUUUCGGGCUGGUAUUCGCAGGUACCUUCGAAAAAAUGCUUAUCGAUCUGUAUCGAGGCAAGAAUUAUGGGAAAGCAUGCCAGCUUAUGCUGACCAUGGGGCUGAACAGCAACGGCUUAGCACAGUUAUGGAAGGAUGGUUGGUAAAUGAAGGGAUACCCGAGAUAACUUUCAGCCGAAACUACCACAAUGACAUGAUAAGUGUAACUCAAAGACGUUGCGACGAUUAUUACCACAAAGCUUUUCUCAGAAAACGUGACCUGAGGAAAGGUCGUCAUCGUCGAGAUGACUUACAAGGAACUACACCAUUUGAUGAUUCUAUGUUUGAGUACAUCCCUACUGAUAGUCCCCGAACGACAGCUACACCGCCUUCGGCAAGCAUCUCCAUUCAUGCACGAAGGGACGAGUUGCGCAAACCAAGGCAUACUCCUAAACCCACGGAUCUUUGGACUAUCCCAUUUACCUACACUUUUGGAUCUGUAAAGAGCACGGAAGGACAAGUAAGAUUUUGGCUGAAAAAUCGUAGCAUCACUUUCGUUGAUGUUGAGCUGUCUCCUAGUCAAGCGGUACUUGCAAACCCGAAUUGGGUUUAUCCUUAUAGGGUAAACUACGACAUUACGAACUGGAAGAUGCUUGCUAGGCUGCUACAUCAGAAUCAUCAAGAGAUUCCAGCGAAAUCUCGUAUACAGAUUCUUGUGGAUGCCGAAACUUUUCUGGCUCAUUCGGACCUUCCGCAACUGUAUAUCUACAUUCUAGGGUACCUAGCAGACGAAACAGAAUUAGGAGUAUCCCUCAUCGGAAUAAGUGCAAUUCAUCGACUAUUCGAUUCAUUUCGAGGAGUAGAUAUGCCAGAACUACAACUGUAUCUAGCUCCUGCUGUAGCUCAGUUUGAUAGAUUGUUGGACGAGAGCCAAACGGAUACGGAAAUGGCAGCGAUGUGGUUGAUAGAUCCGACUAGACUAUCGAAGCUGUACCACUUGCGAUGUCUAACUAAUCUUGCCACAUGU